CAAGAAAUGAGCAAAUCGGAUGCCUCCAGAAUCCAGUCGGGCCAGGCCAAGGCUGGUGGUGACAUGAGCUCUCAUGGAUUCGCCGCUCGUGCCCAGGGUGCAGCCGAUCGGCAUGCCGCGGCAGCCCAACAGUCAGCCGCGACUUCACACCAGGGCAUCGGCCACUCUGCGGAAGGCAAAGAUUCGUCCGGCUCGAAGAAGUAAUCGUCCUCUGUACGGAUGUUGAGUCUUUGCUUUGUUGUUACGGGAAGGCUGGAAGUUGAGCAGAUGCAG